CCACCCACCAAAUGCGAUGGGCCUGUCAUAUUUAACAUGUGCACUCCGACAGGAUCCAUUGAACGCUGGAUUGUCCCUAAGAGCCUCGGAAAACAGGGGCUUAGAGUCGCAAGCAAGAGCGGGUGGGCUGAUCUCUGGGCACUUGGGGCGAAAUCUCGAGCAAGG